CAUAGACGAUCUUUGCCGUUCGCCUUGUCAACAGAUGAAUUCGCCUACGCCUGUGCUAGCCUAGCAUUCCAUCACGUUAGCUUCUGGCUGCUUUACAAACGCUUACCGGUUCAAUACAAAGCAUGAAGAAUAUAAUGAGCUGCCGAUCAUCAACGCGUUGAAGAUGUUAACGGGCAGCGAGGGAGUUUUUUUAUGACACGCUCAUGGGCAAAUAAAGCUCACGAAUGGAAAACCAGAGGAGGAGCUCUGAAGAUGAUGGUGGAGGAGGGCGAGGCCUGCUCCAUAUCUGGAAGGGCUACUAUUACCGUGUGGCCCCCGAGAAACUGCUCCUCCCCCAUCCAGUUCUCCAGGUCGCUCUGGGUAGAAACCAUGGAGUUCUGCUGGUGGAAGGCGGACAGGUGUUUACAUUCGGACACUGUCCAUGGAAACAGAGUCAGGCGACAGAGUUUGUGGCGCCCACUCUGGAGGGCGCACUCAGCGGACAGCUGGUUGUGGCUGUGGCUGCCGGAAGCUACCACAGCGGGGCGGUGACAGACAGCGGCAGCGUCCACAUGUGGGGCGACAACACCGCCGGACAGUGUGGUUUGUCGGGGCUCAGCUCCGUCCCCAACCCGACUCCAGUCGCUCUGGCGGACUCUGAUUGUAGCGCCUUGCCGUCGGUGCCUGUACUGGAGCUGGCCUGUGGGGAGCAGCAUACCUUGGCGCUCUCGGUCCAGCGGGAAGUGUGGGCUUGGGGCAGCGGCUGUCAGCUGGGCCUCGGUGCUACCGUUUCUCCCGUCUGGAAACCACUAAAGGUUGAGCACCUAGCAGGCAGGUUUGUACUUCAAGUGGCCUGCGGGGCCAAGCACAGCCUGGCCCUGGUGCGCCGCCCAGGCCCCCGGGACAUCCAGCGGCCCCCGGCCGAUAAAUGCGGGCAGUGUGAGCAACUGCUCUACACCAUGACGGACAAAGAGGAUCAUGUCAUCAUCUCUGACAGUCACUACUGCAUUCCUUGCUUAGAACAGCAGGAGGAGAGGCUCCAAACGCCUUCGAUAAAUCCUGUGCUGAAAAUGUCUCCAUCAGAACCUGCCCUUUCCUCCAAAACCUCCACAUCACCGCCUCAAUCUGUGUCUCCGGCACCUGUCAAUAACUCUGAAUUAGAAAAUGCGGAGACUCAAGAGUCAUCUGUAGCUGGCGAGGAACCGCCUGCUUCAAACUUUGACCUUUCAGGGACAAAGUCAAGUGGGGCCCCAAGUGCCAAGGCUUCUCCUUAUCCAGAUGAGCAGGCCGUCAAAGAUUACCUGAAGAAGCUCUCAGAUAGCACCCAGGCUGAGAAAACACCAAAGGUGACACUUGGAGGACUACACACGCUGCUGCCCUCAGCGGCCGGACUCAUCAGCGCCUCCUCCAACAAUCCCCUCAACAACCUGGUGGCCUCUUGCGCUUCGGCCGUCGGCGAAAGGGUCGCCUCCACCUACGAGGCGUUGUCCCUGAGAAAAAUGAUGAACAUGUACCUUCCCACGUCGCGCGGGUCAGUCAAGCAAACUGCCGCCGCUCACCCAGCGGGUGAGAACGGCGCCGAGCGUGUCCGACAGGAAGACUCUGCGCAGGCCAAGAAGAGUUCCAGCACUGGCGACAUCCACGAGGAGGAGGCGGCAGGCCCGCAUCGCCGCUUGUCGCUCCCGGGACUCCUCUCACAGGUGUCCCCACGACUGCUACGCAAGGCCGGCCGUUCAAAGAUGGCCGCCGCCGCGGCUCUGACCUCAUCGGGAAUGGCGACCCCGGCGGAUCAAGAGGUGCUGCCCUCCCUGCAGACGGAGGUGUGGAGCUGGGGCCAAGGCCAACAUGGGCAGCUCGGCCACGGGGACAACGCGGACAGAUCGCAGCCGCUCUGCAUCAAAAGUCUCAAUAGUAAGGAGGUGGUGCGAGUGGCAGCCGGUUCUCAUCAUUCCCUCGCACUGACUGCCCAGUCGCAGUUGUUGUCGUGGGGAAGUAAUAGCCAAGGUCAGCUGGGCCACAUGGAGUCCCCCAGCACAGUCCCUCGUCUAGCCAAGCUGUCAGACGGAAUCCGGGUGUGGGACGUGAGCGCCGGAGAGUGUCACACGCUGCUGCUUGCUGAUGGAGACUGCAUGCAGCCCAUCAUCUAUUACAGUGGAGAGCAGGUGAAAGAGGGAAAGCAGCAAGACGGAGACAAGGAAGAAGAGGGGGAGGAGUCAUGUGACGGCUACGCCCGGCAGCCCGUGCUGCUUCCCUUCUGCAUGAACUUAGGAUUCGUGAGCAGCGUGUUUGCUGGCGGCCAGCAAUGCGUGGCACUCUCAGACAAGAACGUGAUGGGCUUCAUCGCCAGCUUGCACGAGCUGGCGUCGGCCGAGAGGAAAUUCUACUGCAAGCUGUCGAGCAUCACGACACAAGUCUUGAGCCCCUUGAUGGCUCUCGAAUCUCUGAGCGCCAACCUCGGCCCGGUCAUCUUCAAGAUCCUGCGGACGCUUGCCGGUCAGUUUGGGCACUUGUGUCAUCUGACCGGGCAGCACGCCGUCAGUCUCACCGCCAACCUCCGGCGCAGCCGCAGUCUUAAAAGUCUGUUUAUCCUCGACCACACCAGCAUCUUCCUGGACUCCUACGAAGACUACAGCAGCUCUUUGGACGACUUCCAGGUGAUGGGAGGCUUCCCGACCCUCGCCAAACCCUCGCUCGAUUGUUUCGGAAAGAGUCCCGAGCUCCUUCAGAAGUUGUCCGAGAGCAGUGAGGGGAACCUCGCCGUGGUGGACCUCCUGCAAGCGCUCUUCUACCUGCCCGCUCUUCACCUCCAAGAGUACGGACGGCUCCUGCUCAAACUGGCCACGUGCUUUGAAGUUAGCUCCAGCGAAUACCAACGGCUGCAGGAGAGCUGCUCCAAGUUUGAAGCUUUGGACCUUCUGCUGAAGAAGAAGAAGAAGGAAGCCGAGUACACCUUUCUUUUCUGGAAAGGCUUCCCCGGCAAGAUGACUGACUCUUUACGAAAGCCUCACCGCCGCCUCAUCUGCGAGAGCAGCAACAAAGCUCUGACGCUGCAGAACGCCGGAAGGUUCUCUGUUAACUGGUUCAUCCUUUUUAAUGACGCUCUCGUCCAUGCGCAGUUCUCCACCCAUCAUGUCUUCCCCUUGACCACGUUGUGGGUGGAGCCUAUGCCAGAGGACAACACUGGCCUCUACGGACUGAAACUGAUCACACCGGAAGAAAUGUUCACCCUGUUAGCCAACUCUGCCAUGGAGAAGGCCAAGUGGAUCCGUUGCCUCAACCAAGCAGUGGCUCAGGCCCUCAGCUUAGGUGAGGGACAAACGUUUGAGCCUCCCAUUUGCAGGAGCGCCACGUAUACGUUUUACAAGGACGGACGGCUGAAAGAGGCCACGUACGAGGGCCGCUGGCUAGCCGGAAAGCCCCACGGAAGAGGCGUGAUCAAAUGGCCUGAUGGGAGGAUUUACACAGGCUCGUUUAAGAAUGGACAGGAAGAUGGGUUUGGGGAAUGUGUGGCUCCGAAUAAGAGCCUGGACACAAACGAUCGCUAUCAAGGUCACUGGAAGGACGGCAAGAUGCACGGCGUGGGCACGUACAGAUAUGCCAGCACCGAGGUCUACGACGGCUCCUACCAGGAGGGCCUGCGGCACGGCCACGGGAUGCUGCGGAGCGGCAAACUCAACACCUCCUCGCCUAGCGUAUUCAUCGGCCAGUGGGUGAACGACAAGAAGACAGGCUACGGCGUCUUUGACGACAUCACUAAAGGCGAAAAGUACAUCGGCAUGUGGCAGGACAACGUCCGGCAAGGCAACGGGGUCGUCGUCACGCAGUUCGGCCUUUACUACGAAGGAUCUUUCAAAGACAAUAAGAUGACGGGCAGCGGAAUCCUUCUGUCUGAGGACGAUACGACGUACGAGGGGGAGUUCUCAGAUGAUUGGACACUUAGCGGCAAGGGAGUGCUGACGAUGGCCAACGGCGACUACCUGGAAGGCUCCUUCAAUGGCGAAUGGGGCGCCGGUCCCAAAGUGACUGGCUCCUACUUUAAGCCGCAGAUGUUUGAAAGUGACAAGGACAAGAUUCGAUCAGUGAAGCUGGGUCGUCUUUGCGUGAGCGCCGAGGAGAAGUGGCAGGCGGUGUUUGACGAGUGUUGGCGCCAACUCGGCUGCGAGACUCCCGGCCAGGGUGACAACUGCAAAGCGUGGGACAAUAUUGCCGUUGCACUCACCACCAACCGACGACACAUUCUGGACAGUCCAGAACCUCUGUCUCGAAGUCACAGCAGAACUCUGGAAGGCUUAGAGGUGAUCCCUCAGCAUGACGGUCCCAUGACAAUGGAGCGAUAUCACGCCAUCCAUCUUUACCUCAUCAAGGCAUGUGACACCCCGCUUCAUCCGCUGGGCAGGCUUGUGGAAGCCUUGGUGGCGGUCUACCGGAUGACGUACGUCGGCGUCGGCGCCAACCGACGGCUCCUGCCGCAGGCUGUCUGCGAGUUAAAAUCUUAUCUCAACCGCAUCUUCCAGAUUGUAAAGUUUCUGUUCCCAGACUUGCCAGAAGAUGGCGGUAUAAUUCGAGAGCCAACCGACCUCGGGGAGAAGGAAUCGGACUGUGAAGUCUCCAAGCAGGAUUUGAACGUGAAUCUGGAGCGGUCGCUCCGCAGCCACGUGGUGAGCAGCUUGGCUCUGCUGCUCCCUGUGCUGUUGCCCCGCCUCUACCCGCCGCUCUUCACCCUCUACGCUCUGGACAAGGAGCGAGAGGACGAUGUCUACUGGGAGUGCGUCCUCCGCCUCAACAAGCAGCCCGACCUGGCUCUGCUCGCCUUUCUGGGUGUCCAGCAGAAGUUCUGGCCCAUUUCAGUCUCCAUGCCAGCACCUGCGGAAAACCUCCAGGUUCUGUCAGGCACCAAGGAUACUUGCUUCGCUUCUGCAGUCGAAACUCUGCAGCAAAUUAGCACAACAUUCACCCCAUCAGACAAGCUCCAUGUGAUCCAGCUGACCUUCGAGGAGAUCACAAAAGAAGUGCAGUCACGUCUGAAUCAGGACUUCCUGUGGUCCAUGGAUGACCUAUUUCCCGUUUUCCUCUACGUGGUGCUGCGUGCUCGAAUUAGAAACCUCGGGUCAGAGGUCAACCUGAUCGAAGACCUGAUGGACCCUUGCAUCCAGCACGGAGAGCAUGGAAUCAUGUUUACAACUCUGAAGGCCUGUUACUACCAGAUCCAGCAUGAGAGGAUCACUUAAUGCUGCAGCAGCUUCUUUGACCGACGCGUGCGCCGUGGCUCCUCCCCCCCCGCCAUCAGCCCUGCCACUAAGCGCUCCAUCUGCUGCUGGCAUUUAUAGGAAGACCACCUUCCCCCUUUUGUGACCACGAGCGGCUGCCGCAGUGUUGUUCCCGCCAUGUACAGUAUGCACUACUUCCAAGUGUCCACAUGUGAAAAAAAUCCUGAACGUUUUGACAAGUUACCUGAAAGUAAGUGUACAACACUAUAGUAAUUCCUUUUUUUUUUUUUUUCUGUCAGAAGACAUGAUUGAUUUUAAUCCAUCAGGGCUGUCCGUGGGACAAUUGCAAGCCUGUAAAGCAAUUCAAGCCAUAAAUCUAGCAAGCAGUGCUCCGGCUAGCCCAAAAAAAAAAAAAAAAAAAAAGGGACAGAAAGCAUACUGGGGUCGACGCAACGGAACCUGAUGCAUGCUCGUUUACUGCUAGGUCACAGUUCUCACAAACGUUGCGUCAUUUUGUAAGCGUUCACUACAGAUUGUUUAAUCAUUGUGUUGUGGCGUUGGAGAGAGAUUGUUUUGUGUUCUCUGAUUAUUUAACUGUGAAAGUGAUUGCAGCCACAACUGAGACCUUCUUGUGAAUCACACGAAAAACAGAUACUAUUUUUCCUCAGUUUACAUCUUUCUCAAUUUGACUGGGAAGAAGCAUACAGAGGAUCUUAAAAGUCUACACACCCCUGCUCAGAUGGCAGGUUUUUGCAAUCUGGAAAAAAAAAAGGUGCGUCUGAUAAAAGUCUAUUGAGUUGUACAGCGUAGAGGUGACAUUCACAAGUAUUUUGGUCUGGCAUUUGAACACGGGUGUGUAGACUUAUACAGUACGUGAAAUGAUGUAACUGACGUGAAGGAAGCGUUUGAUUUACGCUCCGGUUAUUAUGAAUUUAAGGCCUCGUUGCUGCUAAACGAUGGCUAUAAAACUGAAGUUGUCUUUAUUAUUGAAUGUGAACCAAUGAUAUGUGACAAUAAAAAUAUGUUUUGUUGAGGAA